AUGCCACACCUCCAUGCCUCUGCAGACCAUACUCAGACGUUUACCAGCAUCCUCUGGGGUCAAGUCGGCUGCCACUUGACUCCUGGAGACUACCUUUAAGCUAUACUUCUCAACUAUUUUUUCGAGCCAUCCGUAAACUUUGAAAAUUUUCAUUGACUAUUCCGUAGAAAAUAUUUUUUGAAAUGAAUUGAAAAUGACCCGGAAGAAUAUAUUUCAUCCUAGGUAAAUAAAACUGUUUAUUUGAUACGCCCUUUCUUCUUUUACCCAUAACUUGCUAUAGGAAUAGAUUCAGGACUUCAAAAAAAGUAGUAGUUCCUUUGAAAAAAAUAUUCAUUAUUGCCUCAUAAUGUAAACUCGAUUUUUCUAAUCAAAAAAUUUCGCUCAUUUUUUUUUCAAGAAAAAAACAAUUUACGAAAAUUAGAAAAAUGAGCUUCAGAUCACAUCCAACCACCUGACCAUGUACUCCAACGUUGAAGAGAUUUACAACAUGACCAAGAUUGGCAACAACAUGAAGCAGCCGCAACAGCCCCGCAAACGACGACACUCCGACAACGAUUUCUCCGACGUGAGUACAUCAGUCUGAUGCAAUAUCAAGUUCUCCCUAGCGCUCAGUCUUGUCGAAAAAUACUUUUUCAAUACACCAACAAGGACAAUUACAGGACGAUUCGUCUAGUCCGAAGUCUCAAAGCCCUAGCAUCGACGACGACCGACGCGCUCAUCACAACGAGCUCGAGAGAAGACGUCGCGAUCACAUCAAAGACCAUUUCAUGUCUUUGAAAGACGCCAUCCCACUUCUCGAAGGCGAAAAAGUGAAUAUUUUGUUGAAGAUAACGUUUGAAAACGCUUAGAAGCUCUACAACAAACACAUCAUCUUUAUUUUCAGUCUUCCCGCGCAUUGAUCCUAAAGCGUGCUGUUGAAUACAUUACGGCCAUGCAGAAGCGUCUCUCGGACAAUCAGAAAAACAUGGAAGAGCUGAAAAUUCGGAAUGAGAUGCUUGAGGAAAAAUGUGAGUUUUCUCCGUUUUAAAUCCUAAAAAAGUUCUGAGAAACCGGUUUGUGGAAAAACAGGACAUUUAUGUUUUUUUGUUGAUUUUCGCGGAGGAACUGAACUUCUAGUAACCUCAGCAGUUAAUUAACAGCUUUUCGUUAGUUUUUAGAAUCAUCUUUGAAGCAGAUGUAGACAUAAAGUGUUUUGAGAAAGUUGAAAAAUCCAAAAACUUUUUUUAAUAUGAAAAAGAACUGCAAACUAUAGAAAUUUCCUCAACUCAAGCUUGACGAUUUCAGUGAAGUUCCGAUCGGGAGACUCGAUCAGUCCCGUUUCUCGUCCUUCUCCACUCAGUUUCAAUCCUGUCGCCGCAGGCCAAGUACCGACUUCUUUAGGACUACCCCCACUCCCAAUGACGACCAUGCCAAAGACCCUGAGGUAACAAGAACUAAAUUAAUGCCGUUUAUCAAUUUCUCCAUUCAGCCCUGUGAUCGGAGGACUGGACGCCUUGCAAAUCAACAGUAUGCUUGCCUCUUCGGAAUCCUCGCUUCUUGCCCUGACUCAAGCUCUUCUAGGCUGCGGAAAACUGUCCACCCCUACUGUUACUUGCCCCGGUUUUCAAUCUCUCGACUCGUUCGUUCUAUCGGAAAGACAAAUGGCUGUUCGGUUGUGA